AUGAGAUUGACUAUUUCUAAUGAAAUAACUGGCCAAUUAUAUGGACCCGUAGAGUUAAGUGAUGACACUGAUCUAGCCGAUCUAGUGGCUUUGCUUGAGUUAGACUGUCAGUUUGACUCUUCUAAAAAUGAUAUAUAUCAUCAGACAAAUAUCUUAGACAUCAAGCACGAUUCAGAGAGAAGUGUAGAAGAUAUAGGGCUGAAAGAUAAUGAUCUAUUAUUAAUUAGAAACAAGUUUAAUCAUGGACCUCAAAAUUUAUUCCCAAUCGGGUCCCAAAGUAAUACAAAUCUAACCGAUGAACAAUAUGUUGAACAAUUUAGACAUGAAUUACAAAGAAAUCAACCAUUAAGACAACAGUUAACUGAACAAAUCCCUGGAUUGAACGAAACUAUAGAAAAUCCACAAACUUUCUCUGAAAGUUUGGGCCCUUCUAUUUUACAAAGACGUUAUCCUAAUAUGUUAAACUAUCCACAAACAAAUCCAUUCAAUAUACCGCAACAAGAAUAUCAGAAACUAAUGGACAAUCCUGAUUUACCUGAGAAUAAGAAACGGAUAGCAGAAUUGAUUGAUCAACAAGUAAUCGAUGAACAACUAAGAAAUGCCUAUGAAUAUACACCAGAAGUUUUCACUACUGUAACGAUGUUAUAUAUCAACUUGGAGAUUAAUGGGACCCCUGUAAAGGCCUUCGUCGACACAGGUGCACAGAUGACUAUUAUGUCAACAGGGUUGGCAGAAAGGACAGGGUUGACAAAAUUAAUUGAUAAGAGAUUUAUCGGUGAAGCUAGAGGUGUAGGUGUUGGUCAAAUUAUUGGUAGAAUACAUCAAGCCCUAGUAAAGAUAGAGACUCAGUUUAUUCCAAGUAGUUUUGUUGUCCUCGAUACUCAAAUCGAUUUAUUGAUUGGAUUAGAUAUGCUAAAAAGACACCAAGCUUGCGUUGAUCUUAGAAGAAAUGUGUUAAAGAUUGCAGAUAUUGAGACAGCUUUCUUAGGUGAGGCUGAUAUUCCAAAAGAAUUUGAAUCUGCCAAUUUAUCAGAAUCAAACACGUCAUCAAAUAAUUGGAAACCAAAUGAAACAAAUAAUUUGAAGAAUAUUCCUGUACCUCAGAUAAUGGACUCAAGUAGAACUUCAUUAUCGGGACCACCACCACAAAAUAAUCAGCAAUUUGGUAACAAUAGUAGUAAUUCUAAUAUACCUCAAACUUAUCCGCCUAAAGUGGUUCAGCAAUUGAUGGAUCUAGGUUUCUCAAGGGCUGAAGUGAUUAAGGCCUUAAAUAUGACUGGAGGGAACCCUGAAUUUGCUGCCUCUUUAUUGUUCCAAUGA